AUGGAUCUCGCGUACGACCAUAUCACCGAGCAGUCGCUCCCCAAGGACGGGGAGAGCAAGGAGACGGCUAGCGGCAGCACUGCCGAGCCUACCUCGACUCUCAAUGCAGACCUGCAGGCGGCCUACAGCGCUUUGUCGGCAAACCCUUGGGCCAGCCGGAUUGGCGGAUUCUUGGGCAAUGUGGUCAAGCAGGGCGAAUCAGUCUACCGCGAGGCACAGCAGGAGGUGACAGCGCUCGGCCAGGACGCCACCAAAGGCCUGUCGGACCUGCGCACCAACAUUGUCAACCGUACACGAAACCUGUCGAUCUCGACUCGGGGCCCCUUCAUUCCAGCCGGCGGCGGCGAGGCGACGACGGCAUCGACCGACCGGUCGAUCACGCCGACGGCGGGAACGGCUGCAGAGGCAGCUGCUGGCGGUGAGGACGACAAGAAUGUGUUGGCCCUGCUCAAGGGCGAGGCCGCCAAGAGGCUGCGUGACCUGCAGCGGGCAGAAGAUGCGGCAGACGAGGCGCUGCUCAAGUUUGGCACCAACGUGCGGGACUUUCUGCGGGAGGCCAUUAGUAUCGCUCCACCGGUCGAGGGCGGUGCAGCAGGAUCGGCAGCGGGCACUGGAGCGUCAGGUGGCUCUGGCGGAGCCAGCGGCGGUGUCCUGUUUGAGAGCAGGGAUGCACAGGGACGGCGGGUGAUCCACACAUCGCGGUUCGAUGCACAGCUGCACGUCAUCCACACGAACACGGACAGCUUCGCGCGGGAUCCGACGGCGAGCGACGAGUUCGCGACAUGGGCAGCCGGCUUUAACGUGGCGGCUCAGACGGACAGCAUUGCGGGCGAUCUGAACAAGUAUCCGGAGCUGCGGGCAACGAUGGAGAAGCUGGUGCCGGACGUGAUCCCGUACGCAGACUUCUGGACGCGCUACUACUUUUUGCGAAACGGCAUCGAGACGGCUGAGGCGCGCAGACGCGAUCUCCUCAAGGCGGUGUCGACUACGGAGGAGAUUGGCUGGGACGAGGACUCGGACGAAGAGGACGGGGCAAAGGGGAAGGGGAAAGAGAAGGAGGGGGCCAAGGUGGAGAAGGCGGGGAGCAAGAAGGGGGAAGAGGUGAAGGAGACGAAGAAGGAAGAGGAAGAAGAGGAAGACGAGGAGGAAGAGGAAGAAGACGAGGAGGAGGAAGAAGACGAGGAGGAGGAAGAAGACUCGGAAGAGGAGGACUCGGACGAAGAGGACGAAGAGGACGAGCAGAAGAAGAUGGACACAACAAAGACGAUACAGCGACGCGGUUCGACAGAAUCGUCGAUGACGAUCCACCCUCCGGCAAAGAACGAGGCAGCCAGCACCACGGCUGCCGUGGCUCCUGCUAAAGAGACUGCUGCGGCGACGACGCCGACGGCCAAGGCGGCGCCAGCCAAGAUGCUCAAGGCGCCGCUGGCACCGCGCAAGUCGGACGAGAAGUCGCAGGCGGACAGCGACGCCAGCUACGACAUUGUGGGAGCCAAAUCGGGAGCGCCGAGCCAGGCGCCCAACAGCCCUCGCGAGGCGCAUAAGGCGGACGACGACAGCGAGGAGGAGGACUGGGAGUGA